GCGGGACCAGCCCUCCCGUCGCCAUUUUUUUUCUCUUACACUCGCACUUCUGGUUUCUCGAGCGAGCGGAGGAUAAAAUAAAAAAACAACUGCAAGUUCGGGACAAAUACUCGUCUGGUCGGGAUACUUCGCUUGCGGUAAGGGAGUGCAGCUCCUGAGAUGCACCAGCAGCGGACAGACGGCUGCUCUGAAGUCACUUUUUGUGUGAAGACGUGUUGCGGGCCGCCAUUUUUUUCUUGCGCUGCCUCUGAAGUCUGCUCGAACCCGAGAGAGGGAACUCACAGACCUGUUUCCGUGCCUUACCGUUAAGUCGAGAGGAUAUAAAGCGGAACGAAAAGGAGGAAGCUUAAUUGAUCAUUUCUUGCUUCGGCCUUCCUCGGCAUUUUUCUUUCGUUGACGAAACCUUCAGUGGCUCUGCAGAAAUUACUCGAAAACCGCACAGGGGCGACGAAUGCCCUGCCCUGCACCUACUGAAUCAUUCACUUUGGAUCAACGCUGAAAUCUUAGCAGUAAAUUUCUUCAUUUAUAUAUAUCUACUAACUUAUUUUGGGGGGAACAGACAUGUCAACGGCUCGGUUUGACUCGUGUGAUCGGUCCGCCUGGUAUUUUGGACCCGUUUCCCGACAGGAGGCACAGAACAGGCUACAAGGACAGAGGCAUGGCAUGUUUUUGGUUCGAGACUCGUCUACCUGUCCCGGCGACUAUGUCCUGUCGGUGUCUGAAAACUCCAAAGUGUCUCACUAUAUCAUUAACUCAUUACCCAGCAAGAAGUUUAAGAUAGGCGAUCAGGAGUUUGAGAACCUCCCGGCUCUCCUGGAGUUCUACAAAAUCCACUAUUUGGAUACGACUACGCUAAUAGAGCCUGCCCCCAGGUACCCAAGCACCAUCACCGGCGCCAUCCAGACCAUGGUUGGUCCUGAGGAGAACCAGGAGUACGUGCGGACAUUAUAUGACUUCACAGGAAGCGACGCAGAAGACCUCCCGUUCAAAAAGGGGGAAGUUCUCAUCAUCCUCGAGAAGCCGGAGGAACAGUGGUGGAGCGCCAAAAACCGCGAGGGCCGCGUCGGGAUGAUCCCCGUCCCGUAUGUGGAGAAAUUGGUGCGACCGCCUCCCCAUCCCGGCCAGCCUACCCAUGGAUCUCGUAACUCCAACAGCUAUGGGAUCCCAGAGCCUGCCCACGCCUACGCUCAACCCCAAACGUCUUCGCCGCUGCCACCGGGCACGCCAGGCGCGGUCAUCACACCCCUGCCCUCCAUGCAGAACGGCCCAGUCAUCGCGAAGGCCAUCCAGAAACGAGUGCCUUGUGCCUACGACAAAACGGCUCUUGCCCUAGAGGUCGGUGACAUCGUCACGGUCACACGGAUGAACAUCAGUGGUCAGUGGGAGGGAGAGGUGAACGGACGCAAAGGCCUCUUCCCCUUCACGCACGUCAAAAUCAUAAACCCUCAGAAUCCGGAUGAAAGUGACUGACGCGGGGGCUCGUCCCGAGCCUCUCGGCGGUGUUGAUGUGUACCUCAACCCGCUGGCCCCUCCCCACCUGUCCCACCAGUGUCCUGGUUAUCCGCUUUCCUGCUUUGAGAGGAAAUAAAAACAACUCCCACCUUCCCUCUAUGCCCCCCCACCACCUCUGUUGCCGCCAGCCUUCGGAAGGCUUCCUGACUGUUUACAGCUGUGGACUCCAGACUUAAAUUAAAAACCAGACCUAACCAUUGCUAGUUAAAUUUUCAAGCAGUUUUUCUUUUUAAUUUGCAGAGCUUCACUGGGCAUUCAUCAGCGUGAGUGUGUUUGUAUGUUGAAGUUCAUGUGAGCAUGCUCACAACGGAUUUCUCCCACAUUGCAUCACAACAUGUCAGUCCUCUAAGACUCUGAAUAUUUGUCAUGUCAGCCUUUUCUCUUUUUUUUGGCCUCUGAAAAUGUUUUUGUCUGUGUGAGAAAAAUUGUGCAGUAAGUGGGAUAAAGCAGCGUCCAUAUGGAUACAGGAGAGCACUGAGGAGCUGGCCAGCCAAUAAAACGACAUUACUGCAAACAAUCAAGUCACUGUUGUACCUUAGCUAUCAACUAAUUG